AUGUCCUCGACUAAUGAACUUGUGGAUAAGACUCAUACUGUGGAUGUAUGUGGAGAUGUUGUUUUCCUAGAGUUUGAUGGUGUUCUGCCUAACUGGAAUCACUACUGCAUCAAAGUCUCAUUUGAUACUCCCAGAACCAAGACUAUUGUUUUCCGUCUUCAUGAAGGUGCAGACCCUCAGCUGAAACCAAGCAUGACACAUGCUGUCCAAACUGAGAGCGAGCCAAAGGAGAAAGAAGCAGAGUGCAAUGAUGCAGUGAAGUUUGAAGAAGACGAUACCAUGAUAGCCGAAGGGGACUCGGAGGAUCUCAAAAUAAAGCAGGAGGAUAACAACUUGUUGUAUCUGUCUGCAAGAUUUUUCUGGGCUAUCUUACGUCCACAGUCCCGCCCUUGGCGUCACAUCAUCCGACUUUUUGAUCCAUCUGAGAUUCUGCAGAAGGUAGCAGAUAUUCAAGAGCGGAAACAUAAGUUCGAGGAGUAUUCAGGGUAUUGA